AUGCUUUAUAUCCUUUGCCUUUACAUUCUCAUAGGAAUUGUUGCGCUUCUUGUUGCUGGAUGGAGAAUCCUCACAAGGAGGAUGCCAAAUAUGAAAGGAAAGCAUGUUGUUAUCACUGGCGGUUCCUCUGGAUUAGGUAUUGCUCUUGCCAAAGAAGCUUUCAAUAACGGUGCAGCACAUGUAACACUCAUAGCACGCAAACAGGAACAACUUGAAGCUGCUUCUGCAAAGAUUCCUCACAAAGAAGAUCAGGCCAUUCAUAUUAUUUCCGCAGAUGUUACAAAUGUUGAAUCGUUACAGAAUGCAUUCAAUCAAAUCAAGGAUUUGGGUCUUAAGAUCGACUAUUUGUUCCCUAAUGCAGGCUAUGCACGUCCAGGCGAAUUUGAUCAACUUCCAAUUGAAGAAUUUAAGAAUUUAAUGAACGUAAACGGCAUAGGCGCUAUAUUAUCUACAAGAAUGGCAUAUACAUUAUUAAACGAAGGCGCCCACAUCACGUUUAGCGGCUCAAUCUGCAGUCUCUUAACAUUUUCUGGCUAUGCCGCCUACGGACCAUCCAAAUUUGCCCUCAAGGGUUUUGCUGAUACUAUCAGAAAUGAGUUCUCUCAUAAGUCUAUCCAUGUUCACAUGGGAAUUUACUCUUCCAUGGACAGCCCAGGCUUUGCAAUUGAAAAUAAGUAUAAACCAACAGCAUGUGCUGCUAUCGAAGGUACAGCAAACUUGUUUUCACCAGAAACAAUCGCGAAAUACGUUUAUUGGGGAAUCAACCGCAAUGAUUAUUUCAUCUACACAGAAAUCCUUACAUUCUUCAUCAUCAAUGUUUCUUACGGAAUCGCUCCUUCAAAUAAUAUCUUUGCCGACCUCUUCUUCGCUCCUUUCGUCCCAAUUAUCCGCUACUUCACAGUCAAAUAUAUCGAUGGCCUCGCUGGAUUACCAAAUGAGAACAAACCAAAGAAUGAUUAA